AGAGAGAGGCUCCAGACUCAGUGUAUGUUGGUGUGUAGAUGUGAGUGUACCGUGAAGAAUUCUGCUGCUGGGAGACUUUUCAUUUCAUAUAAAAAACCAGUAACUUUUUCUUGUGAGUAAAACCAACACGGAGGACGAGGCGAGGAGGACAAAUGCGAAAAUGCGAGAAAAGAAAAUCCAGGAAGAGAGUGUGUGCUUAUUAAAAAUUCAGCGCGGGAGAAGAGACAUAAUCGCCUCUUCAGAUGACUUGUGGCAGCACUGAGGAGAAACUACACCACUGACGGACUACACUGUUGAAUGGGCUGAAACGAAGCGGAUUUUUCUUCGUCUGAAAGGCGAGUCCAAAGCUUUUCCAAGCGGCCAAAAAAACCAAAAGGGACGGGAAGGGGAAAGGAAGGGGGGCAAAGAAAACGCCCUGCUGCUGCUGCCUGUUGCUGCUGCUGCUAUCUCCAUAUUCAAACUUUAUCCCCGAGUUGGAAAAAUGCAUCUUUCACUUAACAGGAGGUGAUAAACCGAGGGUAACAUUACUUUUUUUUUAGUAGCAGCUAGCUCACAGAAGAAGGCCCUGCUUCACUUGAUUAAGUUUUUUGGGACGCGGGGAGUCUCUCUGCUUUGGGAAUAUUUUCUCUUCAUUGUGCACACUAUUCCUGUUUGGAGCUAUUUGGGUGGGCUGAGAGCUCAAGGCAAGCCCCCACUAUAGAGGCCCACGGCCAUUAACCAAGGGAACAAAGAGGUUUCACAUGUAAAACUAAAAAAAUAAAACACUUCGAGGAAACACCUCUUUGUAUAUUUGAGAAAAGUUGUGCUGCAGUCAUGUCGCUGGGUGCAGAGAGGAGGAUGGAAACCCGGCUGAAGAAGCUGGAGGACAUGAUCAGAGACCCCAAAUGUGCCAUAAACCUGGAAAGUUUGCUGGACUCCAUCAACGCUCUGGUCUUAGACUUGGACUACCCCGCACUACGCAAGAACAAAAACAUUGAAACCUUCUUAAACAGAUAUGAGAAAGUCAUACGACAGACUCGUGACCUCCAAAUGAAGUCUGAAGACUUUGACAGAGUCAAAGUGAUUGGUCGAGGGGCGUUUGGGGAAGUCCAACUGGUCCGGCAUAAAGCCUCUCAGAAGGUCUACGCCAUGAAGCUACUGAGCAAGUUUGAGAUGAUCAAGCGCUCAGACUCGGCUUUCUUCUGGGAGGAGAGGGACAUCAUGGCCUUUGCCAACAGUCCCUGGGUUGUGCAGUUGUGCUGUGCCUUCCAAGACGAGCACUACCUCUACAUGGUGAUGGAGUACAUGCCAGGAGGGGACCUGGUCAACCUGACCAGCACUUACGACGUGCCAGAGAAAUGGGCCAAGUUCUACACAGCAGAGGUGGUGAUGGCCCUGGAUGCCAUUCACUCCAUGGGCUUCAUCCAUCGAGACGUCAAACCUGACAACAUGCUGCUCGACCGACUUGGACACCUUAAGCUGGCUGACUUUGGAACAUGCAUGAAGAUGGACCAUACUGGCAUGGUGCACUGUGAUACAGCAGUUGGGACUCCAGACUACAUCUCUCCAGAGGUGCUGAAAUCUCAGGGAGGAGACGGCUAUUAUGGAAGGGAGUGUGACUGGUGGUCAGUAGGGGUCUUCAUCUUUGAGAUGCUCGUCGGUGACACACCGUUCUAUGCCGACUCUCUGGUGGGAACAUACAGUAAGAUCAUGGACCAUAAAAACUCCCUCAACUUCCCUGAUGACGUGGACAUCUCCAAAGAUGCCAAGAACAUCAUCUGUGCCUUCCUGACCGACAGGGAGGUGCGUUUGGGCAGAAACGGUGUGGAGGAAAUCAAGCGACACCCUUUCUUCAAGAACGACCAGUGGACCUUCGACACCAUCAGAGAAACUGUUGCCCCUGUCGUCCCCGAGCUGAGCAGUGACAUCGACACCAGUAAUUUUGACGAGAUUGAAGAUGACAAAGGCGAUGUGGAAACCUUCCCAACACCGAAGGCCUUUGUAGGAAACCAGUUACCCUUUGUUGGCUUUACCUACUUCAAAGAAGACCAGUUACUUACUGCUUCCAACAAUACCUCUGUGGCUCAUGAGAAUUCAAAAGGAGAGUCGGCAGCACUGCAGAAGAAACUGCGCCUCCUGGAGGUUCAGAUGAACAACGAGAAGCAGGUCAAAGAUGAGAUUGAGCACAAAUACAGAGCUGCCACAUGCAGGCUAGACAAAAUCUGCAAAGAGCUUGAAGAUGAGGUGAGCAGCAGGAAGAGUCUGGAGUCGAGUCUGAGGCAGCUGGAGAGGGAGAAAGCUCUGCUGCAGCACAAGAGCCUGGACAGCCACCGCAAGGCCGAGAGCGAGGCUGACAGGAAGCGCUGCCUGGAGAACGAAGUCAACAGCCUUCGAGAUCAGCUGGACGACAUGAAGAAAAGAAACCAGAAUUCACACAUUUCCAAUGAGAAAAACAUUCACCUGCAGAAACAGCUGGAAGAAGCCAACACACUGCUGCGGGCUGAGUCGGAGGCAGCGACGAGGCUCCGUAAAACGCAGACGGACAGCAGCAAGCAGCUGCAGCAGCUGGAGGCCAACGUGCGCGAGCUGCAGGACAAAUGCUGCCUGCUGGAGCGCAGCAAGCUGAGCCUCGAGAAGGAGUGCAUCAGCAUGCAGGCGGCGCUGGAGACGGAGAGGCGGGAGCAAAGCCAGGGCUCGGAGACCAUCAGCGACCUGAUGGGACGAAUCUCUAGUCUGGAGGAGGAGGCCCGUCAGCAGAGACAUGUUCUGUCCAAGGCUGAGAGUGAGAAGAGACAACUUCAGGAAAAGCAUACAGAUAUGGAGAAGGAGAUGAGCAACAAGGAGAUCGAUUUGACCUACAAGCUGAAGGUGCUGCAGCAGGAGCUGGAGCAGGAGGAGGCCUCUCACAAGGCCACCAGGGCGCUGCUGGCAGACAAGAGCAAGAUCAAAGUGACUAUCGAGGGCGCCAAGUCAGAGUCAAUGAAGGAGAUGGAGCAGAAGCUGGCGGAGGAGCGAGCAGCCAAACUGCGGCUGGAGAACCGAAUCCUGGAUUUGGAGAAACACAGCAGCAUGAUGGACUGCGACUACAAACAGGCGCUGCAGAAACUAGACGAGCUGCGGAGGCACAAGGACCGACUCACUGAGGAGGUGAAGAACCUGACGCUGAAGAUCGAGCAAGAGACCCAGAAACGUAGUCUGACUCAGAAUGACCUGAAGGCUCAGAACCAGCAGCUCAGUUCUCUGCGAACCUCCGAGAAGCAGCUCAAGCAGGAGACGAAUCACCUCCUGGACAUAAAACGAAGCCUGGAGAAACAGAACCAAGAGCUGCGCAAAGAAAGACAAGACACCGACGGGCAGAUGAAGGAGUUACAGGACCAGCUGGAGGCUGAGCAGUAUUUCUCUACGCUGUAUAAGACCCAGGUUCGGGAGCUGAAGGAGGAGUGUGAGGAGAAGAACAAACUCUUCAAAGAAGCGCAGCAGUCUCUGCAGGAACUACAGGAGGAGAGGGAAUCGUUGGCAGCUCAACUGGAGAUCACGCUGACAAAGGCGGACUCAGAGCAGCUGGCACGCUCCAUCGCUGAGGAGCAGUACUCAGACCUGGAGAAGGAGAAGAUAAUGAAGGAGCUGGAACUGAAGGAAAUGAUGGCCCGUCAUCGUCAGGAGCUCAAUGACAAGGACAUCACCAUCAAUUCUCUGGAGGAGGCCAACAGAACCCUGACCAGUGACGUCGCAAACCUGGCCAAUGAGAAGGAGGAGCUGAACAACAAACUGAAGGAAGCAACUGAAGAAUCAGAAAAGUCGAAGGACGUGGAGCAGCAGAUCAACCAGAUGAAGCAGGUGUUUGAGAAGCAGCUGCAGUCAGAGAGGACGCUGAAAACUCAGGCCGUCAACAAGCUGGCAGAGAUCAUGAACAGGAAGGAGGUCCGCGGCGGAGGCAGUCGCCGUGGUAACGACACCGACAUGCGACGUAAGGAGAAGGAGAACAGGAAGCUGCAGUUGGAGCUGAGGUCGGAGAAGGAGAAACUCAACAGCUCCAUCAUCAAAUACCAGAGAGAGAUCAACGAGAUGCAGGCGCAACUGGCUGAUGAGAGCCAGAUGCGCAUCGAGCUGCAGAUGGCUCUGGACAGUAAGGACAGUGACAUCGAGCAGCUGAGGAACCACCUGCAGACUCUCAGCGUUCAGUCCAUGGACUCCAUGGCCAGCGGAGGCAGCGGGCCGGAGUUUGAUACUGAUGAUGCCCUCACAGCUGAAACUCGGCUGGAGGGCUGGCUCUCUCUCCCUGUGAGAAACAACACCAAGAAGUUUGGAUGGGAGAAAAAGUAUGUUGUUGUGAGCAGCAAGAAGAUUCUCUUCUACAACAGCGAGCAGGACAAAGAGCAGUCCAUUCCCUACAUGGUGCUGGAUAUAGACAAACUGUUCCAUGUGAGGCCUGUUACUCAAACAGAUGUGUACCGCGCCGACGCCAAAGAGAUUCCCAGGAUAUUCCAGAUUCUUUAUGCCAACGAAGGCGAGUGCAAGAAGGAGGCCGAGUUUCCUGAGGCGCUGGCCAUAGGCGAGAAAUCAAGCUACUUUUGCCACAAGGGCCACGAGUUCAUCCCCACCCUCUACCAUUUCCCCACCAACUGUGAGGCGUGCACCAAGCCUCUGUGGAACAUGUUCAAGCCCCCGCCCGCUCUGGAGUGUCGGCGCUGCCACAUCAAGUGCCACAAAGACCACAUGGACAAGAAGGAGGAGAUCAUCGCUCCAUGCAAGGUGAAUUACGACGUCUCCACGGCCAAGAACCUGCUGCUGCUGGCUCUAUCUCAGGAGGAGCAGCAGAAGUGGGUGAGCCGACUGGUCAAGAAGAUCCCCAAGAAGCCUCCGCCGCCAGAGCUCUUUGCACGCUCCUCGCCUCGAGCCUCCAUGAAGGUGCAGCCAAGCCAGUCCAUGAGGAGGCCCAGUCGACAGCUACCCACCAGCAAGAGCAGUUAACCUUGCUGGGGAGUGUGGUGCAUCGUCGAGGAGGCGUUGAUUGUCGGGGGGAUGUUUCCUCCUCAUUCAAAGACAGUAUACAAAGCUCUGUUUGCAGAUCAGCACACUGAACUCCACAUUGCUUUCCUCCACACAACCCCCCACCCACCCUGUCGUGCUGCAGUCUGUGAGAGUUACAAAAUGUGUUUAUAUCCCCUUCAGUCGACCUCCCCUCCCAUCUAUCAAACUCACCUGCAGUAUCUUCAACCAGCUGGAUGACUUGUAAGCUUAUUAGCCCGAGUCUUCUCUUGGGCCCUUGACUAAAGCAAUUAUGUGUCUCUGUGGAUCUGGAGUAGCUCAUUCCCCACUUGCACGGAGCAGAAGAGGAAGAGCUCUUAUGAACCCGACCAGGGCUGGCAUGAAGGGGAUACACUUACCUCAACACUUCUCACCAAGACUCUGACUGAAGGACCCAACAUGAACACUCUUCCUCACACUUUGGGGGGAUUCUUGUGGCCAAAUAAACAAAGACAUUUUGUGUGUUUUAAUACUUGUGACCAGUAUGAAGAGUUUAUUAGGGGAACACUACAUUCAAAGAUAGUACAUUUGUUUGAGCUUUUAGCUGAAUGCAGCUGAUGUUGAUAUCUGAAACUUACCCAGACUUUUAAACGUAUUGAUUGUAGCUUCUUGCUUAGGAAACUUCUGCUUUCAGAUGUGCAACUACAUGGGUCACAGAAACCUGAAUUUAGGUACUGAAGCGAAACGAGCUGCGAAUUCUCGGGAAAAGUCAGCAGGGCAGUGGAAGAGUGUCAGGUUCCUCCAGGAUUUGAGCAAAUAAAGCCUCCAGUGCCUCUUAUUCAGAUUUCUGACUCAGGCACGCUCUGAAUCAUCGGUUCACCGUCGUAUGCAGAAUAAAAAUGGUUUUUACAAGUGAACAGAACUCUGCUCUGAACGGUAUUAGAUGACAUGAGAUCCCCCCCCAAAUCCCAUGAUCUUUCAAACCUGCACUGUCAGAUACGAGGGUUAAUGUUUACUGAAUUCAAGGGGUGCACCGUUAAUGCUUUUCUGAUCCGAGCUCUGCUCCUUUUUGUUUGUUUGAAUGUACAUCUGGGCUUUACCAGAGACGACACACAGGCAUUGUAUUAUUCUAUCCAAAUAUACUUGACUGAAGCCCCCCUUUAAAUCACCAAUUUACUCUGAGUGAGCUUGCAUGUGUUUGCCUUUUCAGGCCUCACACUUCAGUGCUGUUAGCUGUUAGGGUCCUCUCCCUUUUCCAAGUUUGAGUCAUUCCUGACGAUGAAAUGAGGGCAAUUGAACCAAGAAGAAGAAGCAGAGACGAUGAAGGUAUGCAAUCAUAGCCCAUAAAUCAAUAUACUGAGCAGCACUAUUCCAUUGAGCGUUUUUUCUAAAAGUGUUUGUCCUGAUAUUUUUGUAUUAAAAAGGAACCAGACUGCGUUUGGGCACAUGGUUGUGUGUAUGAGGCUCAUAUAGCAGGAGGAGAGUAACUGUGUGAACGUGUGUGUGUGUGUCUGUGUUUGUAAGUGUGUGUGUACUGAGUGCUCUCCUUUAACCAAGAAGCAUGUUUUAUACAUAUAAUAUACACAGUAUAUAUUUUACAUGCCAUACAGUGCACAUUAUAUUAUUUAUACAGCCUUGUCCACUUUGUAUUUAAGGGCUUUACAUCCAGAUUGCAUGUUUGCUACCAAACAGCUCUAUGAUUAUAACUACUUCAACAAUAAAGACGUGGAUGUGCCUU